AAAUGGAUGAAAAGAGGCUGCUGGAUCCAGGGUUGAAAGUUCGUAAAGGCCUCUGGGAUUACACUCUGAAGAACCAGCAGAUGGAAUGCCUGAGUGAUUGAAGAAAAUGGGUGCUAAUGCAUCUAACUAUCCUCAUUCAUGUUCCCCGAGGGUAGGGGGGAAUUCUCAAGCCCAACAGACUUUCAUAGGGACAUCAUCCUAUUCUCAGCAAGGCUAUGGUUGUGAAUCAAAAUUAUAUAGCCUUGACCAUGGCCAUGAGAAACCACAAGACAAAAAAAAGAGAACCUCUGGCCUUGCCACCCUCAAAAAGAAGUUUAUUAAGCGUCGAAAAUCUAAUAGGUCUGCCGAUCAUGCCAAGCAGAUGCGAGAACUCCUCUCUGGGUGGGAUGUUAGAGAUGUUAAUGCUUUAGUGGAGGAAUAUGAGGGAACUUCAGCCUUAAAGGAGCUUUCUCUACAAGCCAGUUUGGCUAGACCAGAAGCUCGGACAUUGCAGAAAGAUAUGGCCGAUCUUUAUGAGUACAAGUAUUGUACCGACGUAGACUUAAUAUUUCAAGAAACUUGUUUUCCUGUUCAUCGUGCCAUUUUGGCGGCGAGAUGUCCGUUUUUUAAAACACUGCUUGCUUCCUCACCGGAGUAUGGGGCAGAGAUCAUUAUGGACAUCAAUACAGCUGGUAUAGACAUGCCCAUGUUUUCUGCUUUGCUACACUACCUUUAUACAGGAGAGUUUGGAAUGGAGGACUCAAGGUUUCAAAAUGUUGAUAUCCUCGUUCAGCUUAGUGAAGAAUUUGGAACACCGAAUUCCCUUGAUGUAGAUAUGCGUGGACUUUUUGAUUACAUGUGUUAUUAUGAUGUUGUCCUUAGUUUUUCUUCAGACUCUGAACUGGUUGAAGCUUUUGGUGGAAAUCAGAACUGUUUAGAUGAAGAGCUCAAAGCUCACAAGGCUAUUAUUUCAGCACGGUCCCCAUUUUUUCGGAAUUUAUUACAAAGGAGGAUACGGACUGGUGAAGAAAUCACAGACCGAACUUUGAGGACUCCCACAAGAAUUAUAUUAGAUGAGUCCAUUAUACCAAAAAAAUAUGCUAAAGUUAUAUUACACUGUAUGUAUACUGAUGUGGUGGACCUCUCCGUUUUGCACUGUAACCCCUCGGUGGGGAGUCUCAGUGAAGUUCAGGCUCUCGUCGCAGGGAAGCCAAACAUGACCAGGGCAGAAGAAGCCAUGGAACUUUACCACAUAGCACUGUUCUUGGAAUUUAACAUGCUUGCACAAGGCUGUGAGGAUAUCAUUGCUGAGAGCAUCUCAUUAGAUACCUUAAUUGCCAUCCUCAAGUGGAGCUCUCAUCCCUAUGGCUCUAAAUGGGUGCACCGACAAGCUUUACAUUUCCUCUGUGAGGAAUUUUCCCAGGUCAUGACUUCGGAUGUUUUUUAUGAACUCAACAAAGACCAUCUGCUCACUGCUAUCCAGUCUGACUACCUACAGGCAAGUGAACAAGAUAUCCUUAAAUACCUGAUUAAAUGGGGUGAGCAUCAGUUGAUGAGAAGAAUAGCUGACAGAGAGCCAAACUUACUGAGUGGCACUGCCCAUAGUGUGAACAGAAGAGGCGUAAAAAGACGAGACCUAGACAUCGAAGAGCUUAGAGAGAUCCUUUCUUCUCUCUUACCUUUUGUGCGAAUUGAACACAUCUUACCUAUAAACAGUGAAGUCCUAAGUGAUGUGAUGAAAAGAGGCUUGAUUAGUACUCCUCCAUCGGAUAUGCUUCCUACAACAGAAGGUGGAAAAUCAAAUGCCUGGCUACGGCAAAAAAACGCUGGAAUAUAUGUUCGUCCUCGACUGUUCUCUCCCUAUGUGGAUGAAGCGAAGUCAGUGCUGGAUGAGAUGAUGGUGGAGCAAACAGAUCUUGUGCGUUUGCGAAUGGUUAGAAUGUCCAACGUGCCAGACACACUUUACAUGGUCAACACCGCCGUGCCACAGUGCUGUCACAUGAUGAGCCACCAGCAGAUCAGCAGUCACCAGUCAAGCCCACCUUCAGUCGUAGCCAAUGAAAUUCCAGUUCCUCGGCUCCUCAUUAUGAAAGACAUGGUCAGACGUCUGCAGGAGCUACGGCACACAGAGCAGGUGCAGAGAGCCUACGCGCUCAACUGUGGGGAAGGCGCCACGGUCAGCUAUGAAAUUCAAAUUCGAGUGUUAAGAGAGUUUGGUCUUGCGGACGCUGCUGCAGAGCUCUUGCAGAAUCCUCACAAGUUCUUUCCGGAUGAACGUUUCGGGGAUGAAAGUCCACUCUUGACAAUGAGACAGUCUGGGAGAUGUCGAGUUAACAGUACCCCCACUGCAGAAACCAUGUUUACAGAUCUGGACUCUUUUGUGGCCUUCCAUCCACCCUUGCCCCCGCCACCACCUCCGUACCACCCCCCAGCUACCCCAAUCCAUAACCAACUCAAAGCAGGCUGGAAACAAAGACCUCCCAGCCAGCACCCUUCACGUUCGUUCUCCUAUCCCUGUAAUCAUUCACUGUUUCACUCCAGAACAGCCCCUAAAGCCGGCCCCCCUCCAGUCUACUUGCCAGGUGUUAAAGCAGCAGCACCUGAUUGCACCAACGCCACGGGACUGGGGAGACAGACCGUGGCUGCCGCCGCCGCUGCCGCCGCCACCACUGCCCCUUCGGCAGCAGUAGCACGUGAGAAACAAGUGUGCACACAACCUGUGCUAAAUGAUCUCGUGCCUGACAUCGCCAUGGGUGUGUCCACGCUGUCACUCAAGGACAGGAGGCUUCCAGAACUGGCUGUAGACACAGAACUCAGCCAGUCCGUUUCUGAAGUAGGACCAGGGCCUCCCCAGCAUCUGUCAUGUAUUCCACAGAGGCAUACACACACGUCUCGAAAGAAACACACACUAGAGCAAAAAGCAGAUGUUCGAGAAAAUCAGCAGGAAUAUCCGGAUUUCUAUGACUUCGCAAAUGCUGCUUGCAGACCUUCUACUCCUGCUCCUGGCAGACGCACCCCUUCCCCUUCGCAAGGUGGAUACUUCGGUCCCGAUUUGUAUAGCCACAGUAAGGCUUCACCAAGUGGCUUAAAGUCAGCCUGCCUACCUAGCCAGACCUCUCCUAAAAAGCAGGAAGAAGCUAGGAGAGAAUAUCCACUUUCCCCUGACGGGAAUCUUCACAGACAAAAGAAUGAGCCAAUCCACCUUGAUGUUGUUGAGCAACCUCCCCAGCGGUCAGACUUUCCUUUGGCAGCCCCAGAAAAUGUUGGCAAUGGUCCAGCCCACGUCAGGGGACGAACAGCAGUAGAAACUGACUUGACUUUUGGGCUGACUCCCAACAGACCCUCACAUCCUGCAUGCAGCUCUGAAGCUCCGGAAGAGAGAUCCAGUAGGAGACUGGCUGACAGCGAGUCCUUGGGCCACGGGGCUCAGCGAAAUACUGAUUUAGAAAGGGAAGAUACAAUAAGCAGGGGAAGGAGGUCACCGAGCAAGCCAGACUUCCUCUACAAAAAGUCUGCCCUCUGAGAGCAACCUCCAAGUCGUCUGUGCCUGAGAUGUGAAACAUCGCAUUUUAUGAUGUAACCCGACAACUUAGAGACCAGUUUAUUGAUGCCAGCUAACUUGGUUUCCCAUUAUUUUAUUCUGGUUUUUGUAUAUACAUGUUUGUGAGACAUGGCAUGCUGCGAGGGUUCUUUCGAAUGCCGCAUCUGUCUGUUUUGCGUUUGAACAGUUGUGUGGGGAAGCAUUUUUAAGAGCAAGCAAGCUGGCACUUUUUUUCCUCUUUACAAAUGAUGGAAUUUUUUUGCACUUGUACAUUUAUUUUAUCUGUAUUGAUUUUAUAUCAGUAUGUCAAACUUUAUUGCCGCAUUUAAAGGAACCGUAUUUUCAUACUUUUUUGCAUUUUACCUUUCAUCUACCAGUUUCCACGUGCAUUGGACUGCACACUAAGAUGUAUUUUCUUAUGAAAUAGUUCUGUGCUUAUUUUUUAAUUAUAGAAAUUCCAAAGAACAGCACAUCAAAAUGCUCCUCUCUCUUCGGUAAUUGUUUUAGUUCAGAAAUCUUCCUGCUCAAUCUCCAUAAGUCUAGUGUCAUUCUUCCUUAACAAUUCUUGGGAGCUGGUCUUCAUUCCUCCAGCGGGAGUCCAGUCAGGAUCCUGACGUUUUCUGGUUCGGUAAAGAACCGAAAGGAGCAAAGCCUUUUGUGCCCGGGCUGAAGCUGUGUGUGGCUUCGUUCGCAGUGUGGGCACCAUCAGAAUCCCCGCAGAUGCUGGCCGUGUGCGUUAGCGUAGUGCUAGCUGAGGUUCUCAAGACAUUGGGUGUCCUGGAAUCCUAAGGCGGCGGAAAUAACGAAGUAGCUUAAAGGUUGCCCGACGGGGAUUUCUGGUUCUGAGCGUCGACUCUCCCGCUGAGCCGGGGAAAUGACUGCUUGCUGCCUUCAGUUGUCUUGCUCUCUGUGGGAAAAAAAACAAAAGGGCUUCAGUCUUAACGGAUGUCAUUUGGUGUUUGUAAGCCUAUGUGUUCUUUUAACUGUUUUUCAAAGUUUGUCUGAAUUUUGGUGUCAUAAAAAAGUUGUAGAAUGCAUAAUGCUUUGUCACCAAAAAAGAAAAGGAAACCUUUUUUUUUUUUUUCUCCCCCCGGUGAAACACUACAUGUCCUACUUGAACUCCAUUGGGGACGCUGGUUUGGGAUUUUACUGAACCACUGAGCACAUGGGAUCUUUUAAGAUCCUCUCCCUUGGAAGGGCAAUGUGUGAGCUAAGGACUGUUUUUUUUCUUACUCUCCAAUGUAAAUAUAUUAGUAUUUGAGUUUUUAAAUCAGUUCAACAUUAUUUGAGCAUUCACUUUGUAUUUUUACAAACACAUACACACACAGCCGUAGCACUUAGAAGACAAGGGACUUGCCGAACAUUCCCUCAUGUGAAGGGUGUCUGGGAGCCUCUUUUCUAUGUAUGUAUAUAUAUAUAAAACUAUGAAUCACUCACACUCACUCUAAAACUAUGCAGGGCUAGGGAGCCUUUACAAGCUACCAUAUAAGUGAAUUACAUGCACUUUUAAGUAAAUAGGUUUCUAUUGGGCGUCAACAACUCUGAUUUCUCCCUAAGCUGUAGUUUCUCUUCACAAUCUUUCCUACUUUACCCUGUGGAUAUACACUCAGGAAUAAUCGGACAUUCAGAAAAAUCCUAACAGUAGGUAGUCGCAAAGACGAGGAACACGUCAGUCUGUCCGCAUACACCGGCACAUCGCUGCCCCGCGCUCCGCUGCCUAGCUAGCCGCUGCUCGCGUGUUCCUCGGCGCUGGUGGUGGUGCGUGCGAUCUCCACGCCCCCCAGAGCGAACACUCGUCCCCUGGGAGGUCGGCUGGCAUCGCCUUUGAGGCUCCUUUUUUUAAAGAUAGAAAAACAUAGGACUCUGUGCUCAUUUUUAGGAGGUUUGACUCUUUAUAAUAGAUGAUGGUGUCUUUUGAAGCCAAUUUCAGUCUGUCUCUCUUCAGAAACAAAAAUUGUUAAUUCCAUCAUAUUCUUUAAUGUGUAUUUAUAUACAUGUAUUGACAUGAUUUAUUUUGAUAUAGUUUUAAAUUUCUCUUCUGAAUUCAGACUGUACUGUGCUGGAACUGCAAAUAAGAGUGAGUAGAGCUAAUUUGGGUGGGAAAAAGCUUUCUCAUCUCUGACCUGUAUUUUUUAAAAUGUUAGACAAGAGCUGUUUGAUGUCACACAUUCAUUUUCCUGAAAACUUAUUAAAUAUUCUUUCAUAUCCCCCAAACAUAAAAAUAAGUGGCCACUGUUCCUACUUUAAUUUAUGUAAUUUAAUAAUGUAGUAGCUGGUCUGACUCAACUGUGUAUAGAGAGGAACUUGCUUUACUCUGUGGGACUUGGACUGGUGUGACUCGUGGAAGGUAAGCAGAUGGGGCUUUGUGUGUGCGAGGGUAGGCGUCGGUAUCUUCUUCUUUUUUUUUUUUUUAAGAUUUUCUUUAUUUAUUCGACAGAGAUAGAGACAGCCAGUGAGAGAGGGAACACAAGCAGGGGGAGUGGGAGAGGAAGAAGCAGGCUCAUAGCAGAGGAGCCUGAUGUGGGGCUCGAUCCCAUAACGCCGGGAUCACGCCCUGAGCCGAAGGCAGACACUCAUCCGCUGUGCCACCCAGGUGCCCCACGUCAGUAUCUUCUGUACCUUGUGAAGUAUGGUGGCUAGGGGAGGUUGAAAAGCUGCGUGCCUCUGGCUUUUGCACCCACCUCUCCGAUCUUCUGUAGUGCUUACUUGGCAUUAAAAUCCUGUUAAUGCUGUACUAAGAUAAAUGUGAAGUCUGAGUAAGAUUGCUCUUAGAAAAAAAGUAUGUAUAAUAUAAAAUUUCGGCUACGACCUGGCGUUUCACUCGGUUUAGAAAUUUCAUGAGAACCAAAUCUCAAAAUACCAGAUCUCCUCUCAAGGCCACGGACAAUCAGGCUGUCAGACAAUCGGCACCUUCAAUGCCCGCCAUGUCGCGGUUUAGAGAACUACCAUUUAGCUCCUGGAGUGGGAAGAGAAGAUCCAUGUUUCUUCAAGAUGCUGUUGGUCCUCUCCUUGUAUUUUUGUUUUAGUUUUGUGAUUUUGAUGGAUAAAUUAAGUUCAGAGUCACCCGUGACUCAAAAAGAAGUAGCAUGAAAGGCAAAAACUGUCCAUGAGAAGCAGCUGUCUCAGUGCUCCCCGCGCCACUACCUGCCCCACGCCCUGUUAGCUCCUAGGCACACGCCCUUAGGCCUAAGCGCCCUUGACAUUUCCAGAACCAGUUGGAUUUUAAGGAUUUUUAACAAGUUCUUUAUAUUUGGGUCUUUUUGUAGAGCUCUCUGUGAAACUUUACCUAAUUCUUGGUUUUGCGUCCUCAACAACUCUUAUUACUACAAUUGCCACCUGUUAUUGGGUUUUCUUUUGACUGGUUGUUUACGUUCUGGCAGCGGGGGGCCACCGGGGGGCCACCGGCGCAGCCGACCUCCGACCUCCGACCUCGCCAUGCGCCGGUCUCUGCGGGAAGGGUGAACACUUGUCAGUAACUACUCAGCAAAAUAAUGUGUAAUCCGCCUUUCAGGGGGAAACGUGUUUCAUGAAACACUUGUAAGACACUUGUUUUGCAGUUCUGAGGCAUUCGUGUUUUUACCUUAGGAACGAACUCAAAGGGAAAUGUUUAUUUGACUUUUUUUUUUUUAAUUAUUAUUUGGUUGACUUUCAACUUGCAAUUGAAAGUUACUAUUAAAGCAGCAGUGAUGGGUGCUAUUCCCGGUUCUGCAAUGGUUUACUUUGUCUACUAAGUGGUUUACUUUCAAACCUCAUUACACAUAACCUUACUAAAAGAGUUACCGUCACACACUAAAAGGUAUUUUACUAUUUUCCAUUAACACUGUUGUGUGGACAAUGUUUUAUGAAAUGUUAAGUUGUCUUUUUGUCCUGUAGAUUGCAAUAGUGAUUAUAUAAUUGUUUUAUUGGCAAGUCUUUGGAUUUCUUUUUUUCUCCUAGAAAACCCUCAGACCAUGUGUCAAUCUUCCACAUUCUGAAUAUUAUAAUGCUGUGGCUGUUUCUGUAGAAAGAUUACUUGCAAGCGUGUGUCUUGAAAAUAACCUCUCGUGUUUGUGUGUUUACGUGGGUUCUGAGAGACAAGCUCUGGAAGCUUCAUGGUGUACCUACACGUGACUGUGUAUCUGGGUUCCUUGGGCAGGUGGUAUGGAAUCCUGCUCUUAGAUAGGGUGGCUGAAAGGUAAAGGUCCCUGAAUCCCACUUACUGUUUAUGUACCACAUCUGUCCUUCAGAGAGGUGGUAUCUUCUACAACACUGCAUUUCUUGUGGUUGUGCUGUUACUGGUAUAAAGUCAAGUGCCUUCAAUGCUAAAGGCUCAGAAAUUUUUCUUAAACUGAUUUCAUGUCCUAUGCAAGUGUUUUCUACAACCUGCAUAACCAGUACUUUGUAAAACUUGUUUACGCUUCAAUUGUACAUAGUGUUUUUUUAAAGAAAUAUAUAGUAUUUUUAUUUAGGUACCUCCAAACUUGAAUUCGUCUGUGUGAAGCAUUGUAAAACGAUACAUUUCUCUUUUGAGUAUCAUUACGGUUGUACAAAGGUUUCCACUGGUUCUAUUUUUCUACUGUUACUGAUAAGCAUGUAGCACUGACUUUAUCCUACAUAUAGUUGGCAUUUCAAAUAAAUGGCUUGUAUAGAA